AUGGCGGAAAUUGAUGAUGCCCUGGAUGGUCUUCCAAAGGACGACCUCUGCUACUCAAGCCUGACGGAGAGCAAGAGGAGCGUGCAAGAAAAGAUCUCGAAGUGUAAGCAGUUUCUGCCGUUUGAGUACUUCCUCACGGCACCGAAGUAG